ACUAUUGAUUACAUUGCAUUGCACUGCACUAUUUGAUUGGUAUUGAUCGAUUGUCAAUGUGAUAACAAUAUUUACUCUUUGGUCUCUGGUGCUCCAGACAACUCCAGAGUUAUUUUGAGAUCUAAUGAAUAAUUAUUUAAAUUAUUUAAAGAGGUCAAUGUUUAAGAUUUCAGUUUUCAGUAGUGCUUAAUAUCGGAGUUCGUUCAGCUGCCGUCUGCUGAGUGUUUUUUUUUUUUUGUUAUUUAGCUUGAAACAACAAAGAAGGUAACUGGAGGUGUACCUCUACUUUUCAGUCUCAACUUAUAUGCAUUCAUUGAUGAAAAGAUUUUGGGACUCAAAACCGAAACAUUAAAAACACAAACCUGUUACAGUAAGUAUUACCAACACAAAAAUAAAUAAAUAAAUGGUUAUUGGUAUUUUUUUUUGUGUUAUUACUGAAAUGUUUUGAGAGUGGAAAGAGAAAAUUGUGUUUAUAUUUUUGAACAAACUAAUAUCUGACAUAUGUUGGAUAAGUUAUCAAGUGAAUGAAGCUACUAAAAGGAUUUUUAUGAAAAAUGUUACAAAAAUAAACAUUUGCAGCACCAACUUUAAGUGUUCAAAAUGAAUGAACAGGCAGUAAAGAAGAUUUCUUUUAAUAAAUCAAUUCUAUUAGGUCUCAAAGUGGAACUUUUAAAAAAACAGGAGGAGAUAAUAGAAAAGAAACAACUACCGCAGCAUAAAGCAGAAAACUUUAAGCCUUCUAAGGUUGAAAAGAAAUCCGAUGGUAAUCAAAAGGACCGUAAAUCUUUAAAAGAUAAUCUUAAAGCUGUUGACACAGAUGAAUUAGAGGCUAUAAGAAAAUCUAAGCUUGCGUUAGAGAAGAAAGCUGAGUUAUAUGAACAUUUAUCGGAUAAAAGAGGAAAUUCACAACUGGCUGAAAGGUUUCUUGUUGAUUUCAAUAGUAAGAAACAAGCAGAACCCGAGGAAACAGAACAGAGUGAUGUUGAAAUUAAACCGGCUAAUGAAACUGUUGAAGAUGAGAGUGAAUGGGUCGAGUUUACUGAUUGUCUGGGUCGAUCACGUAAAUGUCAUAAAUCAGAGUUGGACAUGUUUAAGAAGAGGGACAGGGAGUUAAUGAGGGUUAUCACAAACUCCGACGACAUUGAACCAGUGGAAGAAAUAAAGCAGCCGGAGAAACCAUUUUUGGUUCAAAAAACCAAUGACUAUUUACAAUCGUUGCGCGAGAAAUGGGAAGAAAAAGAAAAAGAAUUACUUGCGAAAGACAAAGAUAUACAUUAUCAAGAUUUAUUGUUUGAUGAGGCAAGAAUCCAUGGCGUCGGUUACUAUUCCUUCUCUACGGAUGAAACAACACGUCAGAAGCAAAUGCAAGAUCUGCAGAAACAAAGACAGGAGACACUGCGCGCACAGAAGGAAGCAGAAGAGAAGAAAAAGAAACGCGAUCAACUUCUGGAAGCGAGGGUCGCGGCUGCUAGAGCUCGUCAGCGCGCCAGGGCCGGACUGCCCCCAGAGGAACCAAAGAAGAAUGAAAAAGAUUUUACAACAUGUCUAUUGGAAUUUUUGACACAACAGAGGAAUGAAGCGGAGGAUAAAGCGAAAGAGGAAGAGAAGAAGAUUCGCGAAGAACAAGAGAAGGAGAGGCAGAAGUUGAGAGAAGCUUACGUACGCGAAUGGGAUAUCGGGAAAGAAGGUAUUGAUGGUAAAGUGAAGAAAUUCAGAGAGUUAACACAAGAAGAAUAUGUUGAACAACAAAGAAAUAAAAGGAUAGAUGAAUUUGCACCGCUUCCUCAAACAUCGAAAACAGCGGACCAAGUGUUCGAUGACAAAGGAAAUAUUAUAAAAGAAAAUUCAACUAAAACAUGGUCAGAUGUUAGACCAAAAACUCCUCCACCACCUGUCAUAGGACCUAUUGAAGAAAUUCCAAAAGGUCUAUUCUUUACAACAAAAAAAGAUGUGAAAUACAAGAAUUUUGUACCGGCUACUCCGAUAGUGAACGAAUUAGACGAUGAAAGACCAGAGAAAAGAAAGAAUGAUGGAAUUUUAACGGAAAUAGCACCGCCACCUACUUAUGAUUAUUACGGACCCGUUCCUAAGCAGGCUAAGGGGAAGAAACCCUUUGACUCCGAUAUUAACGAAGCUUAUACCCAAGGCGCUAAAAGUUUAGAAUCUAAAAAGAGCGAUCGAAAAUUGCCCCAACAUUACGACUUUACAUUCGAUUAAUUAAAUAUUUAUGUAAAUAAAGAAUAAUUUAAAAAUUUUA